GCAGCGUGCCAGCCGAUCGGGCUCAUCUUUCGUCCUGGUUUUUCUUUCUUUCUCUUUCACCCUGUCUUCGGACGAGUGAACCCCUCACCUGCAGGCAGGGCUCACAUUCGUUGAUCCCCUUCUCGUUGAUCGGCCGGCGGCUGCCAUUCCAUGCUGUUCCAGGCAAAAAAAAAAGGCGCACCACAAAGGAAGGAAUGCGUGUGUGCUUCGCCGCACACGCCGCACACGCCGCAGCACACGCAGCAGCACAUCAAUAUUCAGCCAGUGAGGGAAACCCGCUGGCUUGCGGCCGUUUGGCCCCCCCGCGCCAUUUCCCGCACCCCGUCUGUCUGUCCUCGCGUUUCCCACCCCGGCGACGACCUGUGAAUGGUCUGGUGACCAAGUCCUCUGUCUCGUGUGCCGAAAGGCCCCCGUUGACUCGGUUCUUCUCUCAGGGAUCGGCCUUUUCCCCGCCGCCCUUAUGACAAACGACCUUGGCGAUGACGUUGCCAUCUGUUCCCCACCGGCGUUGUCAAUGGGAUCUCUGUAAAUAGCACACAAAGCACAAGUGGUGCAGCCGCCUCGCCUGAGCGGUCCCCAUCUGACCGACCCCCAAGUACAUGUGCCAAGGUGCAUACAUCAAGCAAACGACCGUCUGUGCCGCCCCCCCCUCCAGGGAGAUUGGGAUGCGCAGGAUGAAGGCUUGAGAUGCCGUGAGCAGCCUCGGGAGCUCCCUUCUUCGGUCAAGGCCUGCGUCUGACGCUAAGCUGCCUCCUAGCGGCUUUUAACCUGCCACCCCAGGUUUCCAUUUGGCUAGCCGAAGGGGACCAUUCAUCCUCUUCCUGUCAUCUGGUUCCGACGGACGGCACCCAAACCCACUUGCGCAUCGCUUCUUGACUCGCUUGAAGUUUGUUUCUUUGAUAUUUAUUUAACACACUCUCGUCGCCCUGCCCAUCGCAUGCACCGCCACUGGUCUCUUCCUCACUCCUUUACUUCACUUCCCCUUGUCUCCUUUGGCCCUUGGCCGGAGCUUGGGCGUCGGUGCACCCGGCCGUCUUUGUCUCUCUUUUUUUCUCUUUGUUCCCCGCCUACAUGGCGUCUUUUGAUACCCCUGCGCCAUAGACAUCAUGCCUCCAACACUAGACCUCAGCGGAGCGACGCACUCUAAGAUGAUCAUGGCGCCGCCGAGGAUCAACCUGCGGAGGGCCGCCUCAUACCAGGGCGACAGAGGCCCUCUUUCUUCAACUUCGUCACGCUUCAGCUUUAACCAUCUUGUCUUCGCCUCACCGCCGCCAUCCCCUAGGCUUCCCACGCUGGUGCCGCCGCCUCGCAGGAGCUCGGGUGCACCGCGGCCAAGUCGUGUUCUGAAGGCUGUUUUCUGGGUCAUGGUCGCCUCUCUCAUGCUCUACUCGGCACUAGCUAGGGUCAAAGAUUCGGCUGUCUUGUCGUGGCUUGACAUGGUCGGACCGCAAGGAGCCGAACGCUACGAGAUGGUGCCCUGGGAUUCUCUGCCCGACUUCGCCAACCCCAUCGUGCUCGACGACAGGAAACGGGGUGCCAGCUGGACCGUCUCGAUCCCGCCGGGACAUCGAUUUCCUCUUUCGGUCAAGGAGUAUGCCGAGAUGCCCGCUCAGUGCCGCGAGGUUUCGAGGCGGGUCAACGAGCUCCGACAGCAGAGCAAGCACUCGAUACAUAACCCGUUCAGCCGCACCGACGCGAGCUCCUACUUUAUUGACAUUCGAGAGGCCGAGAGAGUCGGAAUUCUGCCGGGCCUUCUCGGGAGAGCCAAGAAGGCGCCGGCCCCGGGCCAGCACGGCGCCGAGGAGGAUCGUGGUAUGGUCGGCGAACCCAAGGGCCAUCUCGUGAACGGAGAGGUUUGCGCCACCAGUCUGAUUUUUGUUCUCGAGUCUGCCGACGCCGGGCUCGGAAAGACGCUCAUGGCCAUGUGGACGGCAUAUGGGCUGGCCCAACAACAGGGAAGGGCCUUCUUCAUCGACGACUCACGCUGGGCAUACGGGGACUACACAGCUAUUUUCCAACCUCCUCCGCGGCCAAACUGCCGAUCACCUCCGCGUCACCAGAUACUGCCCUGUCCGUACCAUGCGCGCCACCUUGUGGUGACCCCCGCCACCGCCGAGGACUUCUUCACAACUGCCCUGGCUGCUGAGCUGCCGUCCCGCGAGGGAGGCCGAGAUGACCCCGCCUCCGAGAGGCGACUACAGAAGGACCAGUACCAGCUGACUCGCCAAGGGCAUGAUGCUCUGUUCAGGCUCAAUGACCAGGACGAGGCGUACGUGUCCAGGCGGGUGAAGGAUCUGGCUGGCAAGGCACACAGUGGAGGCGUGGCCGUUGGGGUCCAUGUGCGGCGUGGGGACCGGCGCCCGCUCGAGUACCAAUAUCGCGAAUCAUACAUCCCGCUCGAGGCAUACACGGAGCGGAUCGGGAAGAUCCUGGACGGUGCGCGCGACAGCACGGGCGCACAAAAAACGCAGGCACAGGACCCAACCCGCUCCGUGCUGCUAUUAGCAUCAGACGACCCCGUCGUGUACGAGUCGGAGGGGUUUGCGGCUGCGUUUAGGGCACAGGAGCAGAUCAAGCUGGCCAGCAAGACGGCUAUCCAAAAAGUCAACCCCGACAGGACAGUGAUGCACAAGUUUGUGGAUGAGGCCUGGGGCUGGGAGGGCGGCUUCUUCUCAGCAGUGUUCUGGAACCUGGGGCGGUCGUCGGUGGGCAAGGGGUCGGGCAGCUCUGGGGCGCCGCCGUCAGCCGACACGCUGAGGCUGAGGAGCCUGAUCGGGAGGGCCUACAUGAUGGACCUGGCCGUUCUCUCGAGGGCCAGUGACUUUGUCGUCUGCACCGUUAGCGCGAUGGGGUGCCGGCUCGUGGCCGUCAUGAUGCCCGGCGGCUGGGACGAGGCCCUUGAGGGAGGCCGAUGGGUUAAUAUCGAUGGCGACUACGGCUGGGACGGCAGCCUGUGGUGAGUGGUGAACGGCCACGUAAACGUGCGACUUGCAUGCAUUUUCAUUGGAGUUUUGGGAGACGGUGUUAUUGGCGUCACUUGGUCGGGCUUGACGCACGAUGCCGCCCCCAUAUUGUUUGCUUUUUUACUCGAUUCCCUGUCUUCUCAGUUCGUUCUGACAAGGUCCGCUUGCGGACUCACUCACCCAGCGCCUCCUUUUUGUCACUGUCUUUAACUCUCGAUACUAGCGAAAUACCCUCCCAGCACGUGGGAUCGCGCUGUCGACAUUCCCAGACGCCUUCUUAUUUCUCGUUGCUGCCUUUUUUUUUCUCUCGCCUUCGCUCCUCCCUAUUUGUUGCCCUUUUUGCCGCUCCUGAUGUCCGGACCAUCUCGGGGUUUGCAAUGGCUGGCAGAGCUGGACACAUGGCCCAUUCUUGUACAUAGAUAUGGAAAACCAGGUAGAACAAAAAACACCACCCAAAAUGGCCUCAGCGCCUGCCGAAUAAUUAUAAAGGGGUGCCUCGUUUGGCUGAGAGAUAGAGUGCGUAUGGGAUAUUUGCAGAAGCCGUCGUCAGCUCGGGGAUGGCCUCAUCAGGCCAUCUCCAU